GUCAACUCCUCCUCCUCAUAAAGUCUCAUUUUCUGUUCUUAGGGCACUUGUCAGUCCAUCAUGGAAAGACUCUCGUCUCUCGCCCGCUUCAAGGCCUCGUGCCCCUUCCUGGGCGGCACCAAGAGCUCUACGAUCCGCCACCUGAGCACCUCUUCGUCUCCGCGCUUCCCGUCGCUCUCCCAGCUCACCGAGCGCGCCACUGGCUGCCCUAUCAUGGGCCCUGCCCUUGCUUUGCGCUCCAACCAGAUUGUAUCUGGCUAUGCCAGCGUCGCUGGUCAAGCCGACGUGCAGCAAAUCCACCAUAAGAAUGGCAUCUUCCCUGACGCCGUUCCCUCGGAGUCUGACAUACAGAAGUGCCCCCACGCUGCUGCUGCGCGUGCUGCUGCUCGCAUGGCCGACGACCUCGCGGCUGCUGGCACUCACAAGCCCGCUCAGGCCAAAGAAGCGCACGGCAGUGUUGCUCAGCAGGCUGCUGCUUCUGGCUGCCCCUUCCACAAGGCUGCCGUUUCUGCUCCGGCUGUCAAGGAUACGGCGAAGGCCCCGGAGGCUGCCGCCCCCGAAGGCACCUUUGGCUACGGCAACUUCUUCUCCGCCGAGCUCGACAAGAAGCGCAAGGACCAGUCCUACCGCUACUUCAACAACAUUAACAGGCUUGCAGCCAAGUUCCCUGUGGCACACACUGCUGACGUUAAAAAGGAGGUCCAAGUGUGGUGCGCCAAUGACUACCUCGGCAUGGGUACCAACCCCGUCGUCUUAGAGACCAUGCACCGUGCCAUGAACAAGUACGGCGCAGGAGCCGGAGGCACUAGAAACAUUGCCGGAAAUAGUGCAAUGCACCUUGCGCUGGAGAAUGAGCUUGCAUCUCUCCAUCGCAAGGAGUCCGCCCUGGUCUUUUCGUCUUGUUACGUCGCCAAUGACGCCACACUGUCCACCCUCGGUUCAAAGCUUCCUGGCUGUGUCUACUUCUCCGAUGCCUCCAACCAUGCGUCCAUGAUUCAGGGUAUACGUCACUCGGGUGCUAAGAAGGUUAUCUUUAAACACAACGACUUGGAGGACUUGGAGAACAAGCUCAAGCAAUGGCCCGUUGACACUCCCAAGAUCAUCGCCUUUGAGAGUGUCUAUUCCAUGUGUGGGAGUGUUGGCCCCAUUGAGGCAAUCUGUGACCUGGCAAAGAAGUACGGCGCUUUGACUUUCCUGGAUGAAGUUCACGCUGUCGGCCUUUACGGACCUCGCGGUGCCGGUGUUGCUGAACACCUCGACUUCGAGGCUCAGCAAAAGGCUGGACAAGCCACUUCUCCGGUCAAGGGAAGCAUCAUGGACCGCAUCGACAUCAUCUCUGGUACACUCGGAAAGGCUUACGGCAAUGUCGGAGGUUACGUCGCUGGCUCCGCUGACUUCAUCGACAUGAUUCGGUCUUACGCCCCCGGUUUUAUCUUCACCACAUCCCUGCCCCCUGCUGUCGUUGCUGGAGCCCGUGCCUCAGUUAUCUACCAAAAGCAUCACGUCGGCGAUCGUGCACUGAAGCAGGUCAAUGUCAACACUGUCAAGGAACGCUUUGCUGCCAAGGACAUCCCUGUCAUCCCCAAUCCAUCCCACAUCGUCCCGGUUCUCGUUGGUGAUGCUGCUUUGGCCAAGGAAGCCAGCGACAAGCUCCUCGUUGACCAUGGUAUCUACGUCCAAGCUAUCAACUACCCCACUGUUGCUGUCGGCGAGGAGCGUCUCCGGUUCACUGUUACCCCCCGCCACACCCAAGAACAAAUCGACGGCGUCGUUCAAGCUGUCGACCAGGUCUUCACUGAGCUCAACAUCAAGCGCACCUCGGACUGGGUCCGUGAGGGCGGGCGUGCUAAUGUAGGCAUGGGCAUGGACGACGUUACCCCGAUCUGGUCUCAGGAGCAAAUCAACGUGGCAGGUGUCCCUCGCACCCUCAAGGGUACAGAGCAGACGGUUGUCAACAUUGCGGCCGUUCGGGAGGCUCGGGCUGACUUCGAAGAGCUGUUGGGCAAGGUCAAGCCUGAUGAGGAUAUGGUUGCGGCUUCAUUGGUUGACGGCGCACUUGAGCUGGCUGCACAGGCUCUGCCCAGGAGGCCCCUGAUCCCCACCAACGUAUUGGACCAUAUCAAGCCUGCCUCUGUUGCGGAAGUCUCUGUUGCUGCUUAAAUUAGAUCAUGUGUUGACUGCUUAUUGAUGGUGCACUGUUAUCAAUGCAUAUGCU